AUGGCCGAUCUGCAGGGUCGCAAGGUCUUCAAGGUGUUUAACCAGGACUUCGUCGUGAACGAACAAUACAAUGUGACCAAGGAGCUGGGCCAAGGUGCUUACGGUAUCGUCUGCGCCGCCACCAACAUUCAGACCGGCGAAGGUGUUGCCAUCAAAAAAGUCACCAAUGUCUUCAGCAAAAAGAUUUUGGCUAAGCGGGCCCUGCGCGAGAUCAAGCUUCUGCAACACUUCCGCGGCCAUCGUAAUAUUACCUGCCUUUACGACAUGGACAUCCCCCGCCCGGACAACUUCAACGAGACAUAUCUCUACGAGGAACUGAUGGAGUGUGACCUGGCUGCAAUUAUCCGCUCCGGUCAACCUCUGACCGAUGCCCACUUCCAAUCUUUCAUCUACCAGAUCCUCUGCGGUCUCAAGUAUAUCCAUUCGGCCAACGUGCUGCAUCGUGACUUGAAGCCCGGCAACUUGCUGGUCAAUGCCGACUGUGAGCUGAAGAUUUGUGACUUCGGCUUGGCUCGCGGUUUCUCUAUCGACCCCGAGGAGAAUGCCGGGUAUAUGACCGAGUAUGUGGCGACGAGAUGGUACCGUGCACCGGAGAUCAUGUUGAGCUUUCAGAGCUACACCAAGGCCAUCGACGUCUGGUCAGUGGGCUGUAUUCUCGCCGAGCUUCUCGGUGGACGACCCUUCUUCAAGGGUCGUGACUAUGUCGAUCAGUUGAACCAGAUUUUGCAUUACCUGGGCACCCCCAACGAGGAGACUCUCGCCCGCAUCGGAUCGCCCCGCGCCCAGGAAUAUGUCCGUAAUCUGCCUUUCAUGCCCAAGAUCCCCUUCCAGCGACUCUUCCCCAACGCCAACCCGGACGCGUUGGACCUGUUGGAUCGGAUGUUGGCUUUCGACCCUUCCUCGCGUAUCUCCGUCGAGGAGGCUCUGGAGCACCCUUACCUUCACAUUUGGCACGAUGCGUCGGACGAGCCGACCUGUCCAACAACCUUUGACUUUCACUUUGAAGUGGUGGAUGAUGUCCCUGAAAUGCGCAAGAUGAUCCUCGACGAGGUGAUUCGGUUCCGCGCCACUGUCCGCCAACAAUCUCAGGCCCAUGCAGCCCAACAACAGCAGAUUGCCCAGGCGGCCAAUGUCCCGAUCCCCGACCACCAGCAAGGCAUGUGGAAGACCGAGGAGCCUAAGCCUCAGGAGGCGGCCGCUGGCGGCGGGCAUAUGAACGAUUUGGAGGCUUCGCUGCAGCGCGGCAUGGACUCUGUACACCGGUGA